CACACGAUUGAAAGGGCGCAACUGACGCGUGCGCGAGCGAGCCGGUUAGUGAGUGGCCGAGCGAGACAGAGAGCGGCUGUCUGCCUCCUUUCCGGCCGGUGAUCUUCCUGUCACCGCAGUGCUUCUCCGCUCUCCCAGCGCCUGCACACCUCCCUCCCUCCCUCGCUCCCUCCCUCCGCUCCUAAGCCCUCGAGCUACCUGCUUUUUCUUCUUCUUCCCAUCAUCCGUCCUCCUCCACCUGCGCCACGCGGAUGCCUGAGUCCUUUUGCAAACUGCAAAUGCACGCUGCAUCCUCCACAUCCCCGGAAGCAGGACGAGCCGACCGGACGCGCUCUUCUAUCCUAAACUGAGGCGAGCACGCUGCGAAUUGGACCCCGAGGAAAGGCACACUAGGGGCGGACGGUGAAUUGAGGAGACGCCGGUGGCUGGGACGGUGGCCACGAUCUCAUUUAGCCAUGCCCGUGCCAGAGCAGCCCGCCGAGCAGGAGAAGGGCGCCAUGGUUCCCCCGGUGAUGUCAGGCUCCAAUGGAGACCGGUCAGAGACCGAGACCACCUCCUCUAUCCUGGCCUCAGUCAAAGAGCAGGAGCUGCAGUUUGAGCGCCUGACGGAACUUGAGGCCGAGCGUCAGAUCGUUGCCACCCAGCUAGAGAGAUGCAAGCUGGGAUCGGAGGCUGGCAGCAUGAGCAGCAUCAGCUCGGCUGAUGAACAGUUUCGUUGGAACGCUCAAGCGGAUGGACAAAAGGAUAUUGAGGAUGAGUUGACCACAGGUUUGGAGUUGGUGGAUUCCUGCAUCCGUUCCCUCCAGGAGUCAGGAAUCCUUGAUGGUGUGGAAAGUGAACCGGCGCUCCUCUCCCAGAGUUCCUUGCAGCUCACCACCCCGGAGGCUUCGCUCCAGUACUCUGCCAGCUACCAUAGCAACCAGACCCUCGCCCUUAGCGACAACAUCUCCGCAGCAUCUCCUCAGCGCAGCGGGCAGGUUGGAGGAGCCGUGCACAGCUAUAACCAGGUGACUUCAAGCCGUGCAGCCCAGCAGCAACAAUCACAAAGUGGGGCAGGGUCGGGCAUCUAUUACUCCAGCUCCACCUUACCUGCCCAGCGUGUCAACUCGCCUCUUUGUGGCGGGGGAGGCGGUUCAGGGCCAGGUUCUCCCAAUAAACUCCAACGCCUGGGAUCGGCGUCUGAUUCUCUGGGGUACUCCACCACUCAACGCUUGCCUUCCUCCUCAUCCUCCUCCCCCAGCAAGCAGUGUCCCGCUAAUCGACUGGCUAAGUCAUUCAGUACCAACGUUGCCGUGACAACAGGGGGUGGUGGAGGUUCUCCCCUGAGGUUUGCCUCUCCACCCAACUCCACUGGUGGAGGGGCAGGAUCAUCAUCACCCCUUCAUCAGAUGAGCUCAGGCAUCGGCAGUUAUGCCACUUUGUCUCCCAAACGGCUCGCAGCUCACCAUGCGUCCGACCAGUACAAGAUUUCCCAUGAGCUCUACGCAACUGCUACACUCCAGAGGCCCGGCAGUCUAGCAGGCUCUCGAGGCUCCUACAGUAGUCAGCAUAGCCAGGAGCCCCUCCGACCCUUGGGGUCCCCAGAGCACCAUAUAGACCCCAUAUAUGAGGAACGCGUCUACCACAAGGGUCCCAUGAGGAGCCUCAGCCAGGGCCAAGGGCCCGACACUGGCCCCUACCGCAACAACACUGACUUCUCCCACCGUCUCCAUGAGCAUGUCCUAAGUUAUGUCCUUUGUCCCUACUUUCCCGCCAUAGCUCCCUCCUCCCCUGGUGUCGACUCCACCCCUUUGCAGCGAACAGGGAGUCACGGCACCGGAACGGGAAACUACAGCCGUGGCGGGACCAACAACUAUGCCACGGUGGGACCGGGCUACACAACAAGCGGGGGAGGAGGGGACAUGUACGGCUCGGACCCCUACGUGGCCGACCCUUACCGCACCCUGCAGUACUGCCCCUCGGUGGUGGAAUCACCUUACAGCAAAUCUGGGCCGGCCUUGCCGCCGGAAGGGACCUUGCAGCGCUCACCUUCCGUUGACUCCAUUCAAAAAGACCCCAGGGAGUUUGGCUGGAGAGAUCCAGAACUGCCAGAGGUGAUCCAGAUGCUGCAACAUCAGUUCCCAUCUGUGCAAUCCAAUGCUGCUGCAUACCUCCAACACCUCUGCUUUGGAGACAACAAGAUCAAAGCUGAGAUCCGCAGACAGGGAGGCAUCCAACUACUGGUCGACCUGCUGGAUCACAGGAUGAGCGAGGUUCACCGCAGCGCCUGCGGAGCCCUGCGGAACCUGGUUUAUGGCAAGGCCAACGAUGAGAAUAAAGUGGCCUUGAAAAACUGCGGAGGGAUCCCAGCACUCGUCCGUCUUCUGAGGAAAACAGGAGAUGUUGAAAUCAGAGAGUUGGUCACAGGGGUUCUGUGGAACUUGUCGUCAUGCGAUGCUCUCAAGAUGCCAAUCAUCCAGGAUGCGCUGGCCGUGCUGACCAACAGCGUCAUCAUCCCCCACUCCAACUGGGACUCCUCCCCCAAUCACCAUGACGACCGCAAACUCCAGCUUCAUACUUCCCAGGUGUUGCGCAAUGCUACUGGUUGUCUCAGGAAUGUCAGCUCCGCAGGUGAGGAGGCGAGACGAAGGAUGCGGGAAUGUGACGGCCUGACAGAUGCUCUGCUCUACGUCAUUCAGACCUCUCUAGGCAGCAGCGAGAUUGACAGCAAGACUGUGGAGAACUGCGUUUGCAUUCUGAGAAACCUGUCCUACCGCUUAGCAGCCGAGACGUCCCACGGCCAGCAGGGAGGCUUGGAGGAGUUGGACGGCCUCCUCUGUGACUCCAACGGUCGCGAUGGAGAGAGCUCUGGCUGUUGGGGCAAGAAGAAGAAGAAAAAGAAGGGUGCUGACCAGUGGGAUGGCGUUGGUCCCUUUCCAGAAAGUGUGGAUCCCCCCAAAGGGGUUCAAAUGCUCUGGCACCCCACCAUUGUCAAACCCUACCUCACCCUGCUAUCUGAAUGCUCCAAUCCUGACACCCUGGAAGGAGCAGCUGGAGCCCUGCAAAACCUGGCUGCUGGCAGCUGGAAGUGGUCUGUGUAUAUCCGGGCCGCUGUCCGUAAGGAGAAAGGACUUCCCAUUUUGGUGGAGUUACUGAGGAUCGAUAACGACAAAGUUGUGUGCGCCGUGGCCACCGCUCUAAGAAAUAUGGCGCUGGACAUCCGGAACAAGGAGUUAAUUGGUAAAUAUGCCAUGCGAGAUUUGAUUCAUCGACUACCAGGCAGCAGCAGCAACAACAACGCGACCAGCAGCGGGACCUCGAGUACUACAGGUCCACCCAGCAAGGCCAUGUCGGAUGAUACGGUCACUGCUAUCUGCUGCGCACUACAUGAAGUCAUCACCAAAAAUAUGGAGAAUGCCAAAGCCCUCCGGGACGCUGGUGGGAUUGAGAAACUGAUCGGCAUCGCCCGCAGUAAAGGCGACAAACACUCGGCCAAGGUGGUUAAGGCGGCCUCUCAGGUGCUCAGCAGCAUGUGGCAGUACAGAGACUUGCGCUCCCUCUACAAGAAGGAUGGUUACUCCCAGUAUCACUUUGUGGGCUCUGCCUCCACAAUCGAGCGAGACCGACAGAGACCCUACUCUUCCUCUCGAACUCCCUCUGUAUCCCCCAUCAGGACGUCUCCAAACAACCGUUCCGCAAGCGCUCCGGCCUCUCCAAGAGAGAUGGUGAGUCUAAAGGAACGCAAGAUGGACUACGAUUCCACGGCAACCAACGCCGGUUUCCAUAGCAACAAAGGCGAGCACACUUCCCGGAAAGAUGGCAUGGCAGUGUCCUGUGGAACAUCAACAUUGUUCCGAAACUCAUACCUGACUAGCAGUGAUGAUAUCAAGCCAAUUCAGGCCCCAGUUCAGCCCUGCACUAUACCCCCGCAGCCUCAACAGGACAGUCCGUCAACAGCCAUGCUAAAAGACUACGACCACUACCCACCCCCUCCCUCCUUCCCCCAACCUCUGCCUCCACAGCCGCCCCCUCACAGCCAGAGCAGGAGCUUCGACGAGGCUUACUUUGAGGAACAGGGACCGCCUCCGCCGACCCAGCCCCAGCCGCAGGUCCAAGCACAGGCCCAACCCCAGCAGCCUCCCAGCACCGCCGGGCCUCCCCGGGACCCCCGGGAGGACCUGCGCAUGCAUCUGGGCCUCAAGUCCACUGGCAACUAUGUAGACUUCUAUUCAGCCUCGCGGCCGUACAGCGAACUGAACUACGAGACCAGCCACUAUCCAGCCUCGCCUGACUCAUGGGUCUAAUUAGACUGAGGAUGAUGAUGUUGAUGAUGAUGAUUUCAAAAUGUCUCUGUAUGUGGAGGGGAUUUUUUUUUUUCCAAGCACAUCAAGUUUGCAUAGUAGUCUUGAACACCCUGACAAGGACUAUUUAUGCUCUCUCAAAACAAAAAGCAAGAAAGAGUAGUCGUCAGGUCAAGUGACAAACAGUGCAUGUGCAUGCAUUUUUUUUCUUUCUUUUUUUUUUUGUUUAACCACAGCUCACUUUGUCUUGAGUCUCAGCCCCGCUCAACUGAGUGAGUGCAAGGCGUGCAAAGAGCCAAAAACACAGUGGGCAGAAUAAAUAGAGAAAGAAAGCAAAGAAAGGGAGAUGACUAAAGAAGAAGAGACAAGCGAGGGAUGACUGUAUAAUGGCGAUGGAAUGAGUAAAGGCUUUUAUUCGCGGGAGGAGUCGUGACCUUUAGUUGAAGGCUGCGAGAGCUGGAGAGGAUGACUUGCACGAGGCUUCUGGAGGAGGUCAGGAAAAAUGGAAGCACAUGAGGAGAAAGGUGGGUCUUUCCCACUUCAUCUAAACGUAGCACUGAUUCGAACCCCUGCUUUGCGUCUCGAUUUAUUUUAAAGGAAUGUCAUUCUUUUUUUCUACUUUUUUAGAUUUUUCAAGAUGUCAUUUUAUGUAUUGCUGAUGUAACUGUGCGCACACUUUUUUCCCCCCCAUGCAUUUGUUUUUAAGAGAAAAGCAGUCGAAAAAAAAUAUUGAAACUAACACAAGAGGCAGACUUCGGCACAAUCUCAGCUUUGCAGUAUUUGUGAUUGUCGACCUUCAUCCAAUUGAAUAUUCUGGUGCAAAAUGGAAAUGCACACGUGCAGAGAGUUGUUCAAUUCCGAAGCAAGAAGUGCUUUUUCACUGCCUAAAAAAGAAAGAAAAAAAAAACA